UGAGCCGGGGCCCGCGGGCGCGGUCGGACCGCUGCGAUGUGGCUCAAGCCCGAGGAGGUGCUGCUGAAGAACGCCCUGAAGCUCUGGGUGACUCAGAAGAGCAGCUGCUACUUCAUCCUGCAGCGGCGCCGCGGGCACGGCGAGGGGGGCGGCCGCCUCACGGGUCGCCUGGUAGGUGCUCUGGAUGCAGUGCUGGAUUCCAAUGCACGGGUCGCUCCAUUUCGAAUUCUGCUUCAAGUGCCUGGGUCCCAGGUUUAUUCUCCCAUAGCAUGUGGUGAGUUACUGAGUGGAUCAGACGUUUACUGGGCCAUAGCCACUGCCAUCGAAAGCACAUAA